AUGUAUAUAAAUCAAGAAAAUGAUGAAAACGAUGAAAAUAACAAAAUAAACCCGAAUACUUAUAAAAAUAUAUUACAUAAUAGAAAAAAUAAAUUAGGGAUAAUUAAUAAUAAUACAUUAUUGAGAAAAAGAGAUGGUAAACGCUUAGGAAAUAAUUAUGAGUGUAAAAAAGAACUUAAUAAAACAAUCAGUAACAAUUUUAAUAAUGAACAAGAAUGUCUUUUUGAAAAUGACGAUGAAGAAGAAGAAGAUGAUGAUGAAGAUGACGAUGAUUAUGAAAUUGAUGAAAAUGAUGAGGAAGAAGAUGAUGACGUUUUUUUUGAAGAUGAAUAUGAUGAUGAAACUCGGGAAAUAAAUUUUAAUUCUUAUAAUAAUUAUUAUUAUGAAACAAAUAAUGAAAAAGAAGAAGAGGAAGAUAAUUUUUUAGAAAAAAAUAUUGCAUCUGAUGCUGAAAAAGAUGAUAUACUUUUUGAAAAAUAUGAUAAAUUAAUAAAAAAAUAUAAAAUGAAAAAAGAAACAAAAAUAGAUAACUUUGUUAAAAAAGAAACAAAAAAUGAUGAAAGCUAUAGUUGUUAUAGUUUCAAUACUAAAGGAGAAUAUACCCAUACAAAUAGAUAUAGUGGUUCCAAGGACGGAUAUAGAAAAUCUAGACAAACAGAAAUCGAAACACAAGAAGAUGUCGAUGAUCAAGUAGCAGAAGAAGAUAAUAGUAAUUUUACAAAUGGGGUGUUAGAUCGAAUUGAAGAAAUUUAUUACAAGGAUACUAAAUAUAAAAAAUUAGAAAGUGUAAACAAUUCUAAUAAUAAUAUAUGUGUUAAUGAUUUAAAUUUAAACAUAAUAAGUGAUUAUCUAAAUGUGGAUAUAUCUGUAUUUAGUAAAAAAACUACUGUAUUAUUAUUAGGGAAUGCACAAAGUGGUAAGAGCUCUUUUAUCAAUUGGUUCACAGAAUCUUAUGUACAAAAUACAAAUAGAAUCCCUAAAGGUAACCAAAUGACAUAUAUAGAUGUAAAACGAAAUUAUAGAUUUAAUUUUAAAAAUUUUAAAAACAAUAAUUAUCAACUUGGUAUAGAUAAAUUCCAUGAAAGUUAUUACAACGAUCAAUAUUCAGGGGAUAACGAAUAUGGUGAUAAUUAUUAUGAACAUGGAUUUAUGGGAGAUAAUGAUAAAAAUGUUAUUCUUUCAGGAGAGAAUUGUUUUAAUAUAUUUAGACCAUUUAAAAAAUUAAAAGAAAAAUCUAAAAAUUUAAAAAAUUAUAUAUAUGGAAAAUUAUGUUAUCAAAAUAAAAUAACCAAAUAUAUGAAUAGAGUCAAUUCAGUAUCAUUUAUAGAUACUAGUGGAAUUACAGAUGCAGAUGAUAAUGAUUAUGAUGAAUUAAUAUUAAAUAUGUCUAAAUAUGUAGAUAUAAUAUUUGUUUUUAUAGAUUCAAAUACACAUUCUAUAAGUAAUAGAUUAUUAAAAAUUAUGAAUUACCUUUUACAAAAUCAAAUCAAUAAAGUAACAAUAUGUAUAACAAGGAUUGAUAUAAUAGAAAAAAUCAACUUAUAUAGAGUUGUAUUUUAUUUAACUCAACAUUUUUUGAAAAAUCUAAAUAUAUUUAAGCAACAUAUUAAUAUGGUUAGCUCUUAUGAAAAUAAUGAAGAAUUCGAAUAUAACAGAAAUUUGGAUAUUUUUCAAAAUGAAGAUAUUAAAGAAAAUAAAAAAAAUUAUCAAAUUGAAAAAAUAAAUGAAUUUUUUAAUCGAUCUAUUAAAUCAUUUCAAAAUUUAUUUAUUUUUCCAAAAAUGUUAAAAAGAAUUAUAACCAAUAAAAAUGUUAAUGAGAAAAAACACACAAUUCUAAAAACUGGCAAAUUUCCCAUAUCAGACGACCAAGCAAAUAUGCAAUAUAACAUUGAUCAUAAAAUAAAUAAACAUAAUAAUGAAGAAUACUUUUACCAAGAGAAGGUACAUAGACCAUAUAUGCAUGACACAAUAGAUAAUAAUUUAAAAUAUUUAAACUCAAAAGGAUAUUACCCCGAUUCAGAUAUAGAACAAAUAGAUGAAGAAAAAGAAGAAAGUAUUUUUAAAAAAAUAUUAACAAAAAGUUAUAACUCAUUUAAGGAUAAAAUAUUGAAUGGUAAUAAUGAAAGUGACAAUCAAAUUGAUAUCCAAAUUGACGAUGAAAAAUAUCAUGUGAAAAGAAAGACAAGAAUACGUCAUUGUGACAAUAAAACUUAUGAUAAUUUUUCAACACAUGAUAAUAAAAAAGAGAAAAGGAAAAAUAAAAAUUCGGAUAGAGAUAUAGAUGAAGACAAUGUUAGAAAUCACAUUGAUAAAAUAUUUGAAAAUAAAAUAAAUUAUGGAGAUUGCUUAAAAAAUAUGAGUAUUUUUGUUUUAGUAUUAUUAUAUGAAGUUAUUACAACAAUUUAUAGUUUAGUUCAUUCUAGUAUAAAUACAUAUUUAAAUACAAAAGAAAGAAAAAUAAUAAAUGUUGAAAAAAUUUAUAAACUUGAUGAAGCAAAUAAAUUAAAGUACAAUAUUAAUAACCUUAACGAUUCAUAUAAAAUUUUAGAAUUUCUGACAAUAUAUUUACCUGAAAUACCUCAUGAUGUUCUUAAAAGAGAAAAAUGGGCAUAUCAAAAACCUCCAUUAAUGUUUACUAAAACUGGAAAGCAUAUGAAUAGAUAUAGUUGUCAUGGGGACUACAAAUAUACUAAUCAGUAUGCUGGCCCUAAUAUUGAAAUGGGAAUAAAUGAAGUAAACGAUUUGAUACAUUCUACAGGUAAUAACAAUUUUAGAAUGUAUAGAAACAACAAUUAUAAUGACCCAAAUAAAAAUAUAUAUGAACGUCAUGGUAAACUUUAUCCUGUAAGAAGAAGUAUCCCCGAAGAUUUCUCACCCCAUGAUACGUCACUAAAUCCUUACAUAAAUAAAAAUAGACAUAAUAAAAAUAACUAUACUAAAUUAAAGGAUUUAUCUUUAUUUGAUCCUGAACAAAUAGAUGAAGCUAGCAGUAGACAUACCAAACAUAACCGUGAUGAAGAUACCGAUUCAAAAUAUGAGGAUGAAAUAAAAAGAAGCUCAUAUGCUAGUAUAAAUAAAUAUACUGAUUAUGAAAAUGUUAAUAGACUUUGUCCUGAAAAUAAUUAUAACAACCGAAACAAAAUAAGGAAUGAUGAUAUAAAAGAAUUAAACAUGUUAAAUGAUUUAUUAUACAAAAUAGAUGAAGGGAUAGAUUUAAAAACAAAUCAAAGUAUUUAUAUGCUUAAAAGAGAUUUAGAAAAAAUUCAAAAUACAUGUCUAAGAAAAAUAUUUGAUAAUAAUGAAAUAAUUCAAAAAAAUAAAUCCUUACGUUUUCAAAAUAUAAAAUUAUAUAUUUUUAAAUAUAUAACAAUUUUUUGUGGAUUUAUUAUAUCUAUACUUAGAUAUGAUUUCUUAGUUUAUUUUAAUUUUAUUAAACCAAAAAUAUUAAUUAGUAUAUUUUCCAAAUAUUUUAUUUUUUUCUCAUCAUAUAAUAAAAAUUCAUUUUUUGUGGCUCUAAAUAUAUUACUUGUUAUUAUUUAUGUUCUAAUAUAUUUUAGAUAUAAUAAAAGAAAUUAUUUUAAAUCUUUAGACAAAAGUGAUAUGAAUAAAUUAAAAAUUAUUUUGCUAUUUACACAAAUUAUAUUUGAUGAAAUAAAUCAAUUACACCUUCGAUUAAUUGGAAAGGGGGGUCGAAACUCACGAAGUUAG